AUGUCAGGGAAAAAGUCUUGGGAAGUUUGGAAGGACGCUCUCCAUCAAAUAAGGGAUGAACAUGAGUGGACAACCGUAUGCCUUCCUGAAGAUUCAAUUGUAAUGUAUAAAGCCUUCAAGCUGAGCUACGACAGUUUAGAAAAUGACUCGAUAAAAGAAUGCCUUUUGUGUUGCGCUUUGUGGCCUGAGGAUUAUGAGAUCCACAAAUUUAAGGAGUUGAUACCAUGUUGGAUAGGUUGUGGCAUAAUCUGUGAAUUUAAUGUAAUCAAUGAAGCUUUUGCCAAAGGAUGCUCCUAUUUGGAAACUCUCAUGGCUGCAUCCUUGCUAGAGCGCUCCUCUAGACCACAUAAUUAUUACGAGGCUGAUCAUGUGAAGAUGCAUGAUAUCAUCCGAGACAUGGCGCUAUUGAUGGUCUCUGAGUUAAAGGGGAACGAAAGGAAAUGGAUUGUGAAAGCUGGAAUUGGUUUGCAUAAUUUGCCUAGACAAGAGGAAUGGCAGGAGGCAGAGCGAGCAUCAUUCAUGAAGAACCGCAUUCUAUCUUUACCAGAGUACAAAGCUUCAACUUUUUCAGAACUUUCUAUAUUGAUUCUCCAAUACAAUCACCUGACAACAAUUCCUCCGAGUUUGUCCGCAAGCAUGCCUCGUUUAACAUACUUGGAUCUCUCCAACUGUGAUAUAAACGAGCUUCCAACGGAGAUUGUACCCAAUGGGAUAAUUUCCAAUUUACCAAUGCUCAAGUGGUUGGACAUAACACAACAAUUUCCUGUGUGUGAGCAAUGGUGGGAUGAGUUGGUACGUUUCAAAGGACGCCACCAAUUAAGUCUGGGAAUUGCCAUUUAUGCAAGUAACCUCGAAAGUCUGAACGUGUUACCAAAUGUUUCCGUAUGGAACCUCACUAUGAGCGGAUUAAGUUCAGAAUUCCAGAUGUUACAAUGGAGUCACAGAUUAAGUGACAACCUCGAGUGUCUAACUAUUGCAAAUGUCCGGGGAGACAAAUUAAUGAUGAAUGCAAGCGUGGACUGUGAAUCGAGUUUCAGAUGUUUGAAGACUCUCAUUUUUGAUAGAAUAGAAGAACUGGAAAAAAAUUGGUUGAAUGGAGUUGGGUUCAACAACCUCCGCGACCUGUACAUCAAUUGUUGUUACAAGUUGAAAAAUGUUUCUUGGGUUCUCCAGCUCCCAUGCCUUAAUCUUCUAGACAUAUCAGAUUGUUGGGAAAUGGAGGAACUAAUAAGUAAUAUUGGGAACUCCAAUUCUAACUUUGGCAUCAAGAUGCUGACUUUGUGUCACAUGAAAAAGCUGCAUCGCAUUGCACACCAACCGCUCUGUUUUUCCUACUUGGAAUAUAUGCGUGUGCAUGAUUGCCCAAGGCUCCAAAAAUUACCAUUUGGGGUUGAAAUAUUGAAAAGCAGAUUAAAAGAGAUUGAAGGUGAUCGAACUUGGUGGGACAACUUGGAUUGGGAUGAUGAGAGCACUAAAGAUUCCCUCACCCCUUAUUUUAGGUAA